UGCGCGCCCUCAGCAUCGAGUACGCCUGCGCGGAGCCUGUAGCCAGCCUCCUCUCGCCGGGCGCUCGUUGCUCGCCGGCGGCCAUGGGGGAGGCCGAGGUGGGCGGCACGGGCGCCCCAGGUGACAAGGGCCCAGGGGAGGCAGCUCCGAGCCCUGCUGAAGAAACGGUGGUGUGGAGCCCUGAGGUGGAGGUGUGCCUCUUCCACGCCAUGCUGGGCCACAAGCCUGUCGGGGUGAAUCGGCACUUCCACAUGAUUUGUAUUCGAGACAAGUUCAGCCAGAACAUUGGGCGCCAGGUGCCAUCCAAGGUCAUCUGGGACCAUCUGAGCACUAUGUAUGACAUGCAGGCACUGCACGAGUCUGAGAUUCUUCCAUUCCCAAACCCAGAGAGGAACUUUGUCCUUCCCGAUGAGAUCAUUCAGGAGGUCCGAGAAGGAAAAGUCAUUGAAGAGGAAAUGAAGGAGGAGAUGAAGGAGGAUGUGGACCCCCACAGUGGGGCUGAUGAUGUUUUUUCAUCUUCAGGGAGCUUGGGGAAAGCAUUAGAAAAAUCCAGCAAAGACAAGGAGAGGAACUCCUCAGACUUGGGGUGCAAAGAAGGGGCAGACAAGCGGAAACGCAGCCGGGUCACUGACAAGGUCCUGACCGCCAACAGCAACCCUUCCAGCCCCAGUGCUGCCAAGAGGCGCCGAACAUAGACACCGCAGCCCCAGGCGGCCACAGCCAUGCUCCAGUGCUGCAAGCCCUCACUGCCUGUUCUCAGGGCCCUGGGUGAAUGUGACCAUCCAGCAGAGAUGCUAGUGGGGGCUUCUCCUGUGUCGGCAGACCAUCAGAGCACCUGAUUGGUCCAGCGUCCACUCUGCUUGGAUGGUGAAGCCUCUGAGCCAGCCUCUUGCUUUCUCCUGGUUGGUUCCCCCUGUGUCCACGGUGUGUGGAGAGGAGCAGGUGCAUCGGACCAGAGGACCGAGAGUCAGCAAGCAAUAAGCGGCCGCCCUCACUGCCCUUUGACGAGGGAGCCACCCAUCUUCCCUGGAUGCCCACUCUGCAUCCUCUCGUCCUGUGUGCACCAGCAUCAGGAAGCGGUGUCUUUGGAGUUCACACUGUGCACAGAAGGCCUCCCCCAUCUGGAAAACAGAACUGGAUAUUUUGCCUCAUUCAUUUGUACUGUAACAAUGUAUAUAAUUUGGUUGGUAUUUUACUAUUUAAUUUUUAAGAAGCCUAUUUUACUAGUGUUUUGUAUGAAGAAAAAUACUGCAGAAGUUAAACUUGUGAUGUGUUUUUUUCUGAGAUGUUUUGUUUUAAGGUAACUACUGAGAUACCUCUGGCCCUGUUUUUAUAUGCCAGAUACAGAAUUUUUAGCGGUUAUUUUUGUAAUUUUAGUAACUUGGGAAAAAAACAAUUAAGGCCAUGGAAUACAGGCAUAGCCAUCAGACCGAAGAGCCACUGGGCUGAUGGUUGAAGCACACUUUCAUCUGCAAAACAUUAAAGCAUUAAAAAGAA